CAGCCAAUCCGCUUCCGCUUACGUUACCGAAGAAGUCAAAGUGGCAGUCUUGUAAAUUUAAGCUCAUCGCCACUUUUGCUGAAGCUGCAGCUGACAUCAGUAAAAGAGACAGUCGCAAAUUUCAGAGAUGGCGAGAUCCAAAGUCGGAGGUAAUUUUGCAGGAUUGAAAGGGGUUGAAAUUUGAUAUCUCAGCCACUCGAAAUUAAGAGUUAUUUUAGCAGCAUGGAGUAUUUUACUCGAUGUCAAAUGGAAACCAGGAGAAUGGUUAUUGUGAUGGGGAUAAUAACAUCUGCCAUUUUAGUUUUUCAGUUUCUCGCUCUUCCAUAUGGAAAUGCUUUGUCGCCUCUGUUUCCUGCUGAUAAGGUUCCUAUACUACUUGCAAAAGGUAGCCUGGGGAGUGAAGAUUCUUCCCCUAAAUAUCCUCGUGAGCUCCCCCUUUCGAAUGAUUCAGUAAACCCUAAGGAGUCAUCUGCUGUUGGAGUGGUAAAAUGGACCGGAGCUUCUGAUAUGGGGAGAGGAACUGAGCACGUUAACGAAACAAAAGAAAAUGAUGGAGACCCAGAUAGUGAAUUUCUGUUGGAGAAUGAUGGUGACCCAGAUGAUGAUUUUUUGCUGGAUGAGGAUAGAAACCCAGACAAAGAGUUUUCAGAUGAGGAAGUUGUAGACCAGGGUAACGGUUUGACACUAGAGAAGGUUAGAGACGCAAGUAAUGGUUCUACACUAGAAAAGGCUGGAGAUGAAGAGAAUGGGCUUUCACUAGAGAAGGAUGCAAAACCAGGUGAUGGUUUUGCAUUAGAUAACAUUAGAAAUUUAGAUGAUGUUCCAGCAUUAGAGAAUGUUAGUAGCUCUGAUAAUGGUCUUGCAUCCCCUCAAGUUGCAUUAUCCGCUGUUGUUUCUGAUAAAAAUGGGACGGUGCUAGGAAAAUCAGAUGCAAAUUCGUUCAAUUCUGUUGCACCUGCUGCCUCUAACAUACCGUCAAUGGACAAACAGGCAACAGAAACGCUUCCGAAGGGUAAAAAUUCAGGGCUAGUGCAAAGUGGUUCACCUUCUUUUGAUGAGGAUUCCAUAAUAGUUAGUAUUCCCAUGAGAAAGAACAUAAAAGAGGUGAUGCCACAUAUUCCAAUAUACCUGAUGAACCGUAUAUUGCAACGGAAUCGUGUUUCAUCCCGUUCAAUGAGACCGCGGUGGCAAUCUUUACAUGACCAGGAGCUUUUAUCUGCAAGAGAACAAAUUCAGAGUGCUCCUAUUGUGAGGAAUGACCCUGAACUAUAUGCUCCUGUUUUUCGGAAUGUUUCCAUGUUUAAAAGGAGCUAUGAGUUGAUGGAACGCAUGCUCAAGGUCUAUGUUUACAAGGAAGGAAAAAAACCCAUAUUCCAUACUCCAAUGCUCAGAGGAAUUUAUGCCUCUGAGGGAUGGUUUAUGAAGCUGAUGCAGGGAAACAAACGGUUUGUUGUGAAGAACCCCAGAAAAGCCCACCUGUUUUACUUGCCUUUUAGUUCACGUUUUCUACAGUAUGAGUUAUAUGUACCUGGAUCACAUAAUCGGACAAAUAUGGUAUCACACUUGAAGAAUUAUGUGGAAAAUAUAGCUGCGAAGUAUCCUUUUUGGAACAGAACUGGUGGGGCAGAUCAUUUUCUUGCUGCUUGCCAUGACUGGGUAUGCUUCUUUUGCUUCUUAGGAUUAAUUUCCGAUGGUAGAAAAAGAGCGAAAAAAGCGACAUUGCAAAAGGCACCAUAUGAGACAAGGCGUGAUCUGGACCAUACGAUCAGAGCACUCUGCAAUUCUGAUCUGAAUGAAGGCUUCAAGAUAGGCAAAGAUGUAUCUUUCCCAGAGACGUUUGUGCGUAAUCAACAGAAUCCGCUGAGGGAUCUCGGAGGCAAACCAGCUUCCAAGAGGCCAACUCUCGCCUUCUUUGCUGGAAACAUGCAUGGGAAGGUCCGUCCCAUCCUACUUCAGUACUGGGAGAACAAAGACCCCGACAUGAAAAUUUUUGGCCCGAUUCCACGUGGGCCCAAGCGUAAAACGACAUAUAUCCAGUACAUGAAGACCAGCAAGUACUGCAUCUGCCCAAGAGGCUACGAAGUCAACAGCCCGAGAGUGGUCGAGGCCAUCUUCUAUGAGUGUGUUCCGGUGAUCAUAUCAGACAACUUCGUGCCUCCAUUCUUUGAGAUCUUUGAUUGGGAAUCAUUUUCAGUCUUUGUGGCGGAGAAGGACAUUCCGAUAUUGAAGGACAUACUCCUAUCGAUCCCGGACAAGCAGUACCUGACCAUGCAGAUGAGGGUGAAGAAAGUGCAGCAGCAUUUUCUAUGGCACAGCAAGCCUGUGAAGUAUGACAUAUUUCAUAUGACUCUUCACUCAAUCUGGUAUAACAGAGUGCAUCAGGUAAAAACCAGAUAAGGAGGUAGAGGUAUUUGGAUUUGGUGGGUUUUGGGAGAGAGAAAAAAACAACUCAAUGAGUGAAGAGCAUCAGAUAUAUGGGUUUUAUUUGUGUUUGAUCAUUUGGCCUUGAAUGCCCCUCAUAUGAUAUCAAAGUCGCUGUCCGGAGUGGAGAGAAGCUACAAAAGGGAAGAAGGAAGCAAUGAUGGAAAUCCCUGGGUGUUAACAGAAGUUCAUGGGAAAAGGGAGAGAGAUGGAAAUUCGUGGGUGAUAACAGAAUGGAAACUGGGCUUAAAUGUCUAAAAGUAUAGUGAAGAAAGAGAGAAAUGCCAAGCCCACUUGUGUUGGAUAGUUGUGUACUAUCAAGUUUCUCGUUUUGUAUGAUAUUGGAUGUGUAGUUGUGUACUAUCAAGUUUCUCUUUUUGUAUGAUAUUAUCCAAUCAUGGUUUUUUAGGGCAUGUUUGUAUUUGUUGAAACCAUUUGUGAAUAUCCAUGAAAUGGAUAACUGUGUAUCCUACAGAAAAUCUUUGGUUUGUGGUCUAGUCAUUGAGAUUUUCUUAUUAUGGCAGAAUUAUGAUUAAAUGAUAUUAUCAUGAUGA